AUGCCCCAUCGCCGCCCCUCUCCAUCGCCUCAGGAGGAAUCAAGGCCACCUUUCGAAUCCACUAGGAACACAUGGGACUUAUGGGAUAAUUCGACCGAGUGGCCCUGGAAGCAAUAUGAAGCACGGUUCAGAUCAGCGAAGAAUGCUCUUCGGAUAUUUGCAUCGCCUAUAGUACAUUUCUGCGUAGAGCAUGAUUUGCUCCGAAACAAGAAUGAUAUAGACGGAUUGCUCGACAUGAUAGACGUCUUACUCCCGGCCGACUCUGUCGACAAUUGCACCGAGGCUGUUAUCAGACACUUGGCCUUUCAGAGAAGGUUCUCAGAAAUAGCCAAACUUGAAGAACAGAGACGCGAGCUUAACGGUCCCGACUAUAUCAACAGAUUGAACGUUGUCGCCAGCGAACUAUUUGAUAGGACGGAACUGUUUUUCUUCAUGCUCAUUCAUACUGUGAAGCGUCAGAAAAGGAUGGAAAAGCGUAGAUAUGAAGAGCACAGGGAUUGGAACAAAAGUCAAGCUCAGAAGGGUCGCGGAAAUUAUCUUGGUCUAUCUCGUGGUUUGCCAUCUCCACUUCGCCAUGAGCUCAAGGUCGAUGAUUUCAGUCCAGAACAAUCCUCAUACAGUACUGGUGAGACGGUUGAUGGCCCUCUUGAGCCGGAGAACUUUGAAGAACAGGCCGGGGCAUGGGGCCCUAGCAAUCCCGACGACGUGGAAUGGUGAUUAUAUGCAGGGAAGAGAUAUAUGACAAUGGCUUCAGGGCUAAUUGUACAUGAAGUAGUCC